AAACUAGGAGGACGAAUCUGUACUUAGAAGUGAAUACAGGGGAGUGUAAUCUGAUAAAUCACAAGCUCUAUGGGUAUAAAUGAAAUUUGAUCACAUAUGCUUGGUAUCGAAACUGAGAAGAGAAGGGAUUUUGGCGGGAAAGGGAUGUCUUCAUCGGUGGUGGAGCCAGAGUCGCCGGAUCUAGUUUGUGAGCUCGAUAAUGUGCAAGGGAUGGUGGACGCCCUCACCUCAGUCCGAUGGAAACGCCAUCAGGAUGCAGUUUUGGAAUUGAGUGAGCAUGGGAUUGUGUUGAUCGUUGAGGAUACUGGAUGUCUUCAAGCAAAGGUUUAUCUACAACGAGAGCUUUUUGUUCGUUACGAAUAUAGUGCACAAGGGCAGCCUAGGUUUGGAGUAAGCUUGGGCCUGUUUGUGGAUUGCCUCAACACGUUUUGCAUACCUGGACACUCAAGCACAAUCGAAUUCCAGUAUCCAGGGCCUGAUAUGCAGCUUCUUCUCAAGUCCACUGAUUCAUUAAGUGCUUGCACUUAUGCGGAGAUAAGAACUAGGAUCCCCGACACAAUUUCAUGGGACUACAAUUUUGUACCUGCAGGAAGCAUUCCCAUCAACUUUACUGUUAAGUCAGCAGCCUUGAAAGAAGCCAUUGAUGAUCUGGAAUGGCCAGGAUCAAGCAUCCAAAUAAUCCUGCAACCAGCGCCUCCAUCAGUUACUUUUAAAGCGGAAGGCCAUGGAGACUUACAGAUAGACUUCAUGUAUUAUGCAAACACGGAUCUCCUAGCUGCAUUCAACUGUGAUCAAAUUGUUUCUCACAGGUACAAGUACAAGUUUCUUCGAGCAACAACUUCCAACAUACCGAGCAGUGUGAUUAAAGAUAAUCGAGGAAGCAAAGUGACAAUUGGAAGAGGUGGGAUGUUAAAAGUUCAACACUUGGUAUCGGUUGCAAGACCGUCUAAUUCUCACCCACAUAUAGAUUCCGCUGGGUAUCAGCAGCCUAGCCGCAUUGCCUACAUCGAGUUCUUUGUGAAGCCGGAGGUAGAUGAAGAGAAUGUAUAUGAAUGAUAUGUCGUUUAAUUAGAAAGACACAUUAAUAAUCCGUUACAAGUACUUUUAGGUGGUGUUUCUUUUUUCUGAAAAAGAAACUCAGGGGCUGUUUGGCGGU